CCUGCCCUCCGCUCUCCCCUCCUCCUUCCUCUGUGCGCCAGGGCGUUGGCCAACACCACGGUGAAGGUGCAGAAGGGCAUCCGCCUCUUCAACAAGCUGUUCAUCGAGCGCGCCGAGGGCCUGUGGCAGCACAUCUCCUACCUCAACGCCCUCGCGGACGACAUCGACAAGUUCCACAGGAAGGCCAAGAUCGCGGCCAUCACGGGGGGCACCACCAGCGCGGUGGGCGGGGUGGCCACCAUCACCGGGCUGAUGCUGGCGCCGCUGACCCUGGGCACCUCCCUGGUGGUCACCGCAGUGGGGCUGGGCGUGGUCGCGGCGGGAGGAAUAGCCAGCACCACAGCCACCAUCUCGGACACGGUCCACAACUCCCAGGACCGCAAGAAAGCGGAGAAGAUCGUGGAGGACUACCAGAAGAAGAUGGUGGACCUCAGCCACAGCCUGAGGUUCAUCCACCAAGGCAUCGGGAGUCUACAGAAGUACGACAUCGUGAGAUUCGCGUCCUCUUCCUACGGCCGCCGCGUCCCCGGGCCGCACCACCCCUGUGAGGGCAGCGGCAGACCCAGCGAGGUCUUCCCGAGCCACGCGGCGCACGUCAGGCAGGCCACCCAGAUGGCCGACGCCGCGGGCAGCGCGGCCCGAGCCGUGCAGAUUGCCGCCGGGGCCACCGGCCUCUUGGCCAGUCUCUUCGUGGGCAUGGACGUCUACUUUGUGGCCAAAGACAAGCAGGACCUGAAGCUCGGUGAUAAGUCAGAGUAUGCCGCCAAGGUCCGCGAGGCCACCAGACAGCUGCACUCCGGCCUGAUCGAGCUCAACGCCAUCCGGGAAGAGCUGCAGUCCAUCAUCGAUCCCAUCUGAGCUUUCGUGCGUUCCUCGGUCCUGUGUUCUUCCUGUUGGGAUAGCUGCCAGGCUUUCGCCUCUUUUCCGAUUCCGGACUUCUUGGCCUGUGCACGUCCACCGCAGGAAACGAAGGCCAUCUGAGCUCCCCUAUCCUCACCAUCUUCUUCCUCUCCUGCCCACUUUGGAUCCGCCAUUCUGUUCGGCUGAAAACCCAUUUGGAGCCACGCACGGUCAGUCCGGUUAUUUUCUUGGCUACCAAAACGAGAGGCGAACAAACAGGAGUAAGAGGAAAGGAGGUCUGCAAGAAAUCAACGGAUUGAUCCCGGAGCUUCGUCACACUUUCUAGGAUCCCGGGAUGUCAUAAGGAUUAGCCUGACAUCCCUAAUUACUGUCCCACCAGUUCGACGGUUCCUCCUGCAGCCUUCGCUUCUUCUCCUCUCUUUCCUUGGAAUUCUAUGACAUCUUCCUUUUUUCCCAUCCAGAUGUUUUUCGGGUGUAGCCGACGGCAGAAUCGGGGUACUUUCCGCAGCAGUGUGACUGACUCUGCAUGUAAGAAUCCCGCUGUUCACUUUUGUUUCACUGGGCUACAGUUUUCUGUCCUAAAAAAGGAGUAAUAUAAAAAUGGACCUGGAGUUUCGAGGGGUAACGUGCCAGGAUAAUGGGCGCCAGGCGUUUUAAAUUGAGCCCCUGAGAAACGUUCUGGGAGCUUCAGGUCUCUGGGAAGGUUAUAGAAGCUUCAGGCCAUUCUAGGACCUUCAGCCUUCAGGCCUCCGGGAACAUUCUGGAAGCUUCAGGAGCGGAGAUGGAGAUGCAGAUGGAGAAACUGCAGACAGGAAGGAACGGGUGUGCAUCUUUAAUGUACUGUGACAGACCAUCUGCUGCUGGACUGGGCAAUUUCAUUCCAGCCCCGAUCUGAAGUGCUCAACACAGCACAUUCCUGAAUAAGAAGUCAGAUGACCUGAGGGUUGUUUUUUUAAGGUCAUAAUCAGAUGAACAACACUUCAAAAUCUGUAGGACCCUGACCCUCAGGGACUGGACGCUAUUACAUUACAUGUUUUACUUUUAUUCUCUGUACAUGUCAGUGUAAUAUAUCCUUUUCUAAUAAAUAGUUUUACAGGAAAAAAAAACAUUGUCUAAUGUCACUGGUUUCAUGCGGUCUUCAGAGUCGUGUUUCUUCUGUUUGCGUAAAAAAAACUACAAUCUCAUGUUAGAAAA